ACCGUGUACUCUAGCGAGGUUCCCUUUGCACGGACGGCUUCCAGUGGCCCCCAGUUUUGCAAACGCACCUAUUCUUUCAGCAAUAGAUGCCGCGACAUCUAUGCACAUUCUGGACGGACCAGAUCCGACGAAGCCACCAGAAGAAAGCUAGCCUUUCCCCGUAAGAGCUGCCCGGACUUCGCACUCCUCUCCUCCUUCCUCCGCAGCUCAUUGCACGUGCUCAGCAAUGGAGAACCAGCUGGAUUUGCAAUGCUUCCAGAACGGGGACUUGCAUCCCCGCCGCCUCAAGGAUUUGGGCGAGCUGCCCAGCGGCGAGCUGCGGAAGCCCGCGAAGCAUCACCCUCCCGUGGCCAAGUGCAACCACGAGCGAGAAGGCCAGGACGGAGACCAGGACGAGUUGCCGGCCCUGGAGGCUGCCUACGCGACCAUCCUGCAGGGCCUGGGCGAGAACCCGGAGAGGCAAGGCUUGCAGCUGACGCCCCGCAGGGCCGCCAAGGCCAUUCAGUUCCUCACCAGAGGUUAUCGCGAGACCGUCGCAGAUAUACUAAAUGAUGCAGUUUUUGAUGAGGACCAUGAUGAGAUGGUGAUUGUGAAAGACAUUGAUAUGUUCUCCCUUUGUGAACAUCACUUGGUUCCUUUCUUUGGCAAGGUGCACAUUGGAUACUUACCAAGGAAGAAGGUGGUGGGCUUAAGCAAACUUGCAAGAAUUGUUGAGAUAUUUAGCCGAAGGCUUCAAGUCCAGGAACGACUUACUAAACAGAUUGCUCUGGCAAUUACUGAAGCACUGAAACCUGUUGGAGUGGCUGUGGUCAUAGAAGCAUCGCACAUGUGCAUGGUCAUGAGGGGCGUUCAGAAAAUGAACAGCAAAACUGUCACCAGCGCCAUGCUUGGAGUCUUACGAGAAGAUCCCAAAACCAGGGAGGAAUUUCUCGCCUUGAUUAAGAAUUAAAUGACAACAGCUUGUGGCUCUCUGUGGGUUUGGAUCCCACGCUAAAGCUAAUUGCCAACACACAGUUGCCUUAUGUGAGCCAGUUUUUCAGAAUCUGUGCAGUUUAAACAAAAAAAAAAAAUCACUGUAUCACAGCUUUGUUCUCACUUCUUGGUUACACGUUAGAAUGUUGCUAAACAUUUACCGGGGCAUGUGAGUACCUGAUUCCAUUAUUAUGGAAAAGAAACAAAACAGGCAUUCUUGAUGUCAUAUAUAAUAGCAUCUUAUGACAUGAUAGCAAGGGGCCUUGGUCAUACAAAUGUUUUAUGAGGACAAACUGAGAUAUUAGUGGACAAAGUGGCAAAUAGUGCGUUUUAUUGCAUAUUUUAAUUCUGAUCAUUAAUUUGAUGGCCUGAACACCAUGAUGUCACCAGGAGAGCCAUAGAAUUUUGGCUGCCUACCCAGAUUUUC